AUUAUUGGAAUCGGCCGACAAGUGGGGCCAAUCCAGUGCUCUCAAUUUCAACAGGGGGUAAGAUCCGUCAUGAAGUUUUCUCGAAUCCGGCCACGGACCCCAGUCAAACGCUAUGUGUACAGAAACGCCUUAUCGGACGGUGCUGUUCUCCAAAGUACUGCACAAUACGGCAAUGAGCCAUGCGGCGCCUGUCUCGAGGGUUCUGGGGAAUGGCAUUGGCUAUGCAGGUACGCGAAGUGCUGGUAUCUCCCCUGUGUGCGCACACGAUCGCGCCAAGCAGAUGCCAUUGUAAUUCAUUGGACGGCAAGAGUGCAGCGGGCUUUGCGGUCGCUAAAGGCAGCCGUCUCGAGUCAACCUUCAGGCCUCAGGCCUCAGAUGCCAAGAAUAUAGGUGUGCGCAUGGGCGGAGGGCAGGAAAACGAAGCGAGUACACAUCACUGUCUGUCACUGCGAGCGCGUUCGCUGUGCCAGCCAGCCAGAGUAUAGACAUCGUACGUGAAGUACGCACCACUAGAAACAGAGAUGUUACCCCGAGCAGUCCUGUGUGCGCUUCGGACCACGUUAAC